CAUAUCCCUCUUUUCAACGCCAAUCGGCAACAUCAAGCCGACUCCUCAUGGCGCCUUCGGCGGAGGCGAAGCGCCUUGAAAAUUUGGAGUCUGGAAGGGCCAAACCUAAGGAGGAGGUGCUGUCAGAGGCCAGUACUUUUGUCAGCACGAACGGUGGAGACCCCAGUGACCAGUUUUUAGUACUGGCUCACUGCAAACUUCAGUUUGGGAAGUACCAGGGCCAGAGAUUUAGAUGGCUCCUGGAAAACUCUCUGGGGUAUGCCGUGUAUUUGGUGCUCAGCAUUUCCACUGAGACAGCGCAGGCAACACCCCUGUCACAAAAUAAACAACUGUUCCUACAGUACACUUCUCAAAUUAGAGAGAUGGCAGAAGAAGUGGAAAAGUAUCAGAGGAAGCAGGAAAUGCAGGCAGAAGCCCGGGCAACUGGAGACCAGGGCUGCUUGAUGGUGGAGUUUGGUGACUUCCAGGGCCGCUCCAUGAAAGAUGUUUAUGAGGACCAGAGCAAGGAGGCUCAAGCCCUCAUCAGGUACCUCAUUAAGGCAGAUGCCAGGCCCAAAACCAACAUGGCCAUUUUCAAGACAUAUGUCCUGAAAAGACGGGCUUCUGCUGUGGUCACCAGCGUACGUCAGCCUGCACCUCACGCUGCAACCUCCAGUGCUUCUGCAACCACUGCACCUCCACCUGCACCUAUCCAAACUGGUGUACAGAAGACCGCAACUGUGAAAGCGCUGUUGGCGCGUGGCAAAAAUUUGUCUCCUUCACAGCUGGCGAAAAAACUCACGUCACCAGUUAAACCCUAUCCAUUAUUGCAGUCCACUUUACCUCCUCCAGCAGCAGAACCCCCAGCCAAACAUUUGACCCCGAUACAGCUUUUCGCUACUGGCAAGUCCGUUCCCACUGCUGAAGAUGACGAUGAGGAGCUGGUAUUUGCUGCAUCACAAUGUGAAGCACAGCUAAAUACAGAAUUAUGUCAUGUCAUGCCUCAAGCGGGAUGCUUUCUUGAGUGCACUUCUUCAAAACCAGGACUGUGCUGCUCCAUCUCCAUCAGUGGAAACUGCCAAGGCACCAGCUCCUUCACAUCACCGGCCACCAGCUGAGCUUCCAAGUCACUGGAAAGAUCAACUUCCACCUUUCCAGCAUGAGUGGAUCCGGAACACACUGUUUAAGGCCAACCCACGAACCGGCAAGCCAGAACUAGUGUCCCAGCUGAAACUUUGGUGGUAUCCUCCUCAGCCCCCUUUAAUAAACACUCAGCCCCCUGCCUCACCUGACCUCUUCUUCUG